AUGUCCGUGAUUCUUUGUGGGGCUAUGCCAGCGAAGGAUUCAAGUAAGCGACAAACCCCUCAGGCAGAUUAUUCACGGAUUGAACAAGUCAUGGACUCUGAAUCUUUUACAUACACCGGUAUCCCACCCGGGCGAAACUUUCGGUUGCUUAGGAUCCUCCCAGGCUCGACCGACGAUGCUCUAGCAUGCGAGGUUUUCGUGUCUGACCUAGACAAUUCAACACCAUAUACAGCUCUGUCGUACGUCUGGGGGAAUCCAGAUAAAGUUGGAGACCUUGAGCUAUCAGGACAUGCCUGUCGGAUCACACGUAGUCUCUCAGAUGGGCUACGUCGUCUUCGAAAGCUCGACGAGGCGCAGGUUGCCUGGGCAGAUGCAAUCUGUAUCAACCAGAAUGACAAUGCUGAGAAAGGCCACCAAGUUGACUUGAUGGGUGAUAUCUAUGACAAUGCCCAUCAUGUCGUUGUGUGGCUGGGUCCCGAUCCUACGACCUCUGCAUCCGAGGCGUUCCGCUGCUUGCAGACAAUCAACUACAAGCUAUAUACUAAAACAGACAAAGAGUACUUUUACCCCGACGAAAAGGAAAUGGGCACAAUAUACAUGAAAACAGAAUCUGAUCCAGAGCCUCGAGCAAUGUCAAGACCUAUCGGAAGGCGAUCAGUCCAUCGCUCUGUGCUUGGCGAGAAGGGAACAGACUGUGUUGGGAAACUCUUUGAUCUAUCAUGGUUUUCCCGCGUGUGGGUCCUUCAAGAAGUCGGCCUUGCAGGCUCAGCAACAGCAAUAUGGGGAGACAGCAGUAUCGAAUUUGGCGAGAUUGCUUCCUUCAUCUGGAACGUGUACUACACCGAGGAACUAAGGCAUGCAUUGGGAGAUGAGAUAUCCCAAAAGCUCUCGGGCGCACCUCUCUACGCUGUGUGGAAUGUCUGGUCCACGUACGAAAAGAAAGAAUCCUGGAUAUACCGAACACCUUUAUUAAGGGGCUGCGCUGAACUUAUCGCUGGCCAGUGCAAUAUUGACUUUGUCCUUGUUCUUGAGGCUUCACGGUACUUCAAUGCCACGAACCAGCUGGAUCAUGUGUAUGCCUUUUUGGGUCACCCAAAAGCUAGGAAUCCUAUCACAAAAGCUCCAUGGCUACAGGCUAACUAUUCGCUGGACGUCCAAGAACAGCACAGACUGCUGGCCGCCAGCCUGUCUCAGGACUCGUUGAACUUCCUGGUACAGGCUCAUCAGACUGAAGAAAGCCUCAAACUUGAAUCUGAAUAUCCAAGCUGGGUCCCAAUGUGGAACAAGAAGACUGAAAACCACGCAGACGCGUUUUGGGAAGCAUGGGAUGCUAGUCUCCGAAAGGAAGAAGGCAAGACUUUCAAGACCUACGCUGAUGGUCAUCGACUUAAAGUAUCUGGGAUUAUAAUUGGCGAGAUUGACCAGUUCACACGAACGAUGGAGUCGCCGGACUUUGAUGUUGAAAAGAAUUUUGGCGGCCUGCUUGUUGACUUGUGUUGGGAUUUGGCAGGACGGAGACCCAACCCGUAUUCACCCAAGGAGGUCCUAGCGGCAUUUGCAUCGACAUUAUCCUGUCACUACAAGAUAAGAGGGAACCAACCUCUAGACGGGCGUGAACGAGUUGUUGAGCAGUUGGCCGGCUAUUGUAUGCACCUUAACAAUGGUUUCUACCAAGCCCAUCUGGUGCCAAAACAAGGCGAUGGCUUCUGGAACCUGAGCACUGUGCUGGAAGUCGGCAAAUCCUUUACGCCUAGUUUCAAGUCCCAUGCUGUCAAUAGGCGGUUCUUCAAUACGAAGGAUGGCUAUUGGGGAAUGGGGCCUUCCGCUAUGCAGUCUGGGGAUAUCUGUGCUGUGCUUCUCGGUGCUGAUAUCCCGUUUGUGUUAAGGCCAAAGGGGGGUGCUGGAGAGUAUCAGGUGGUAGGACAAUGCUACAUGUACAAGUUCAUGGAUGGUCAGGCAGUCAUGGCAUCUCGAGCUGAAAAAAACGGUUAUGAUGAGAAGGAAAUUGUUCUUGUAUAG